GAGGGAAAUAGGGGUAAGGAUAAAGGAGUUGGGAGAAAACGCUUGAAAAGGAAGUGGUGGCCAGGUUAACAUAUUUGGGGGGAAUUGGGGUUCUGCACUGUAGAGAAGGAGAGAGAGAGAGAGAGAGGGAGAGAGACAGAGAGAGAGAGUUUUGUGGGAUUUUAAUUUAGCUGUAGAUUUAAUAAUUUAAGAAGAAUCCUAUCACUAGUACAAGUAGUAGCUGUGCCAUUUGAUUUGGGCACAAAUGAAAGUGAAGGGAGGAGGAAGAAGGAAGAGUUGGGAAGCAAUGCCUCUUGAUGUUGUUCUUCAAGAUACCAGCAACAACCCAAAUGCUCCUUUUGCUUCUCUUCUUCAGCUGCAAGCUAACGCAGCCGCUCUAGAGCAACCCCAAGAGCAACAGCAAGAGCUUCAAGAGCCUCAAGCUCUCGAAGAAGCUGACGAUGGUGAGGGCGAGGGCGAGGGUGAAGAUGAUGGUGAGGUUGGGGGUGAUGGUGAUCGUGAGGCUGAUGGUGUUGUUGAUGACGAUGAGAAUAGAGAGCGCAACAAGCUUGCCGAGGGCUACUACGAAAUCGAAGCCAUUCGCCGAAAAAGGGUCCGCAAGGGUGAGCUCCAGUAUCUCAUCAAAUGGCGUGGUUGGCCAGAGACUGACAAUACAUGGGAGCCCUUGGAUAAUCUCCAUUCAAUUGCUGAUGUUAUCGAAGCAUUUGAGGAAAGCUUGCGUGCUGGAAAGCAUCGGAAGCGCAAGCGCAAGUCCGGGACUCCUCAUUCUCAACCCAAGAAGAGGCAGCAGCGUUCUACUGAUCCUAUCUACAACGUGACAGAUGUGGAAAUCAGCAUGGUUGAUAAAGUUCUGUCCUCCGCUGCUCUCAACUGCCCGAGCCUUGUUGAUCUUCCGCCCCCUCAGCAGUCUGUGGGCGUAGCGUUUGAAGGAGAGAAUGAUGGGCAUGUCAAUAAUACUGAAACCACCAAGAAAGUUGAUGCUGAGAAUUGGUGUUCAAAUGCUUCCCAAGAAAUUGGUGAAAGGAGAGAGGAAAAUGAGUAUGAUCCAAAGCUUAGUGAGCUCAGAGCAACAAUAUCUACUAAUAUUGUCAAUUCAGAUAAACUUUCUGUACAUUUCCAAGAAGCAAAGGCAUCUGAAGUUAAUGGUCUUUCCAAGGUCGACUGUGCAGAACCAGUACAGAGCAAUCGCAAUACUGGAGCUAAGAGAAGGAAGUCUGGUUCUGUGAAGAGGUUUAAACAAGAGACGCAAUUGUCUGAACUGGGUGCUACACCAAAUGCAACAAGCAGAGUCAGUGUUAGAUAUGGUGGUAGAGUUAAUCAAUCAGGGGCAGAAAAUCUUGAUUAUGCCGGGGAAAAUUCAAGUCGCAGGAGUAAGAUUGAUGAAUCCAAAAGUGCAGUGCGUAUCACCAAGAUUAUCAAGCCAAUAGGGUAUUCAACUUCUGUGUCAAAUGAUGUCCAGGAUGUGUCAGUCACCUUUAAGGCAAUGAGGUCUGUCUUAAACUUCAAUUUAUAUGUCUAUUCCAUCUUUGAGGAUAACUUUACGUAUAUAUUCUGACUAGAUUUACGAAUAGUUUAUGUUUUGAAUAGGUUAAAUAAAAUGCAUACUCCAUUAGUACCUUUUUUUCUUCCUCUGGUUCAUAAAAAGAAAUGCAUACUCCAUUCGGUGGAAAUUGCCGUCCCUUUAUAAUAGCCAUCUCCAAUGUCCGCUACCAAAUUGUGCCAUGACUGGGUUAUGUAUGCCUACCUGUGCUACAUAUCAGUUACUGUUAGCAUUUCAAUGAACUAUUUAUUUUCCUAAUUCAUUCAUCUAAAAGAUGCCAAGCAUAGAGCUAAAAGAUUCUUAUAUAUACAUACAGUUUUGUGGUAAUCAUCUACAAAUUAGUUCUUCUUCUCAUAAGUCUAGAUGGCUUAUUAAGAGCAUUCUCCUUGAAUACUAGUUUCUCUAAUAUCAUACAUAGAGCAAUGUUGUGCAGAAAAUAUUACUGAAAUUAUGAUGUUAAAACAUUUGAUGUUUUUCAAAUUGCAUUGAUCAUUCAUACCAUCUUUUUCUAGCAGGAGUUCUGAAUUUGGAAUUGUUACUAUGUUGCUGAUUAAUGCACCUCGAUCCUUUUUAGAUAUUUGAUAAGAAAACGUUGCAUGAGUAAUUUCCCUUGUGAAAAUCCAUUUCUUGACCUAAUAAUUAUUGAGGAAAGGUACAUUAUGCCUCCCACGCAAACUACAGGCUCUAUGACACCAACUCAUAUUUGGAAAUAGACAUGAUUCCAGUCAUGUACCAAAUUAAUCACAUAUAUAGUCCUGAAUGAUAAUAAUACAAUUGUCUUGGGAAUUAGAUACGAAUUAGGUAAGGCUUUAGACUUCAUAAAGGCAGCAAAAAUGCGCUUAAAACAUACUUGGUCCAAUACUGAAGACUUUGGACUAAAGGGCAUCACCUCUCCCUUGAACUAAGGUGGUGUGAGGGGUAGGUGGAGUGGGUGAGAUCAUCUCUUAAACUAUUACACAUUGGAAAGGUUGUCAAACUUGGAGAGAGAGAGAGAGAGAGAAUCUGAUAUGAAUAUGACUCUUGUAGAAGCACUCGUAAGCCCCACCUCAUAGCUUUUUCUUAUGCUUCACCAUUUUUCCUUUUGGAAUUUGGAUCACUUGGGAAGCACAGUUUUGUAUGUGAAUUAAGAUUCUUCCUCUGAUAUAAGACAAAGCUACACUGUGCAUGCAAGGAGUAUUACCCAAUCGUCUUAUCCUUUUCUGCACCAUUCUUUGUGACACGUGUGCCAAGCAUGAUUUAUUUGUUUGUGUUAUGUUGUUCGAUUUGAUUGUGGUCACAAGUCAGACCUAAAAAUGUAUUUAUACCUUUUAUAAUUUAGUUCUUAUGGUCUCAUCAAAAGAAUUUAGUUCUAAUGGGUCUUCCGUUUUGGUUGAAAUAGUCUAUUUGUUUGACUGUUUUCAUGCUUUUAGUCAGUUCUGGCACGUGUUGCGUGUUUUAAUUGGACCAUCACUCUGUGUGUGGGCUAGAAUAGAACAUUCUUGGCGGAUCUUCAGACUAAUCCUUUGACCACUAUCACCCCAUUGUAGUUGAAGUGAGAAAAUGUGUAGUUUACUUGUAGUAAAAGUUCUUGAGUAAUUUAUUGCUUAGGAGCAGUAACAUAUGAUAUCAGAGUAGCUGCACAUGCUU